AAUAUUCACUGUACGCUUCUCCUUCUCAUAAACAAAUUCUCUCUGUUACGCUUCGGACUCUGUCACGCUUCGGACUCUAUCACGCUUCCAAUUCUGUUUAUCUAAAGAACCCAGAAUUCGGCUUCUUCUUCUCUUACUAAUCAACCACAAGUGUACAUCUAAAAAAAAAAACCACAAGUGUGCGCUUCUCCUUCUCAGAAACAAAUUUCUCUCUGUCUCGCUUCGGACUCUAUCACGCUUCAGACUCUAUUACGCUUCCGAUUCUAUUUAUCUAAAGAACCCAGAAUUCGGCUUCUUCUUCUCUUACUAAUCAACCACAAGAACCCAGGGCAGCUAAACAAAACCCAAAGAAGAAACAAUAUCGGUCGGCGACGAUAUUUGAAAUAGUGAGUCUUGGAAUUUAGCACACGGGUCCAGAAGUUCCAUUGUACGAUGAAGUUAUAUAUGUAGACACUGCUCUGGAAAAAAAUUGGCAUUGAAGGUGAAGGUAAGGCCCCGCCUCAAUUCUUCUAAAUGAAUCUACAUUUUUCUACCUGAACUCCCAUUUCAUAUUUUUUCUUCGUAUAAAUUUUGGAAUGGUCAUUGUUUGCAAAAUAAAUUUACUUCUGCUUCCACUCACACCUAUCGCCAUUGGCGGUGCUUCUCAUCGGUGUCACAACCACUGGUGGCCGCGGGUCCAGCUGUCUUAUUCUUUAUUUUCAUUCUCUUUUAUUUUUUUUUCAAUUUUUUUUUGCCUUUUAGACAAGACUGAAACCCCUUUGACAAUCAUUUUGUUUCCUUUUUUUAUUAGUUUGAUGAAUAACAUUUUUUUUCAGUUUUGAUUAGCUUGAUGAAUGGGUUUUCUUGUUUGGAUUUCUGGUAUUAGCAAUAACUGUUAUUAUUGGCAUUUUUAAAGCUGGUUUUUGGGUGGGCAUUGAAGAUGUUUGUUGAAGUGCUUCAUAGAGUUUUAGUUUAUCUCUCUGUAUUUUGCCUUUUUUUUUUGGAUUUUUAUGCUAAAACUAUGAUGCUAUGUGUAUGGAAAUUGGACUUUUUUUUUUUUUAAUUUUCUUGAUUAAUGGGUUUUCUUGUUGAGUGUAAAGCUUGAUGGUUUUGCUUGAGUUUGAAAAUUGGUGCUUUGCAAUAUGGCCGAAUCUGUUGUGAUUGAAUGAUUAUGGGUUUUCUUGUAAUUGUUGUGUAUGGGUCUCUUGGCUUUGGCAUUUUGGAACUGUUGAUACUAAAUCUAUGAUUUUUUCCUCUGAUCCAGAUUUCUUUGCCUAAGAGUAUCCAUUUCUUAUUCCUUAGUUUCUUUAACUGAAACAGAACUAUGAUUCUUAGCUUGAUAAUAAUUUCUUAGUUUGAAGUUUGUCACAAUGGAUCAGUUUUUUCUCAUUCCCUAUGUUACUGCUGUGGUUUGAGUUGUGAAAUGCACUGAAGAUGCUGGAGAAAAUAUACCUACUGAAAUCCAACUUAUUUGGUCUUGGGUGUCUGUGUUUCCCUAGGUUAUCAAUUAAGUAGAGUGGUGUAUGUGUUCGUUUUGACACUUUAAUGAUCUAAAAUCUGGUUUAUUUGAUGGAAAACCAAAUUGUGCCCACUUUGGCUACCGACCAUAAGAGGAAGGAGGUCAUUAAAUAUGUGCAACGUCUCAUUAGGAAACGUGUUGGAUGUGAGGUCUUCCCAUAUGGAUCAGUUCCACUAAAAACAUAUCUUCCUGAUGGAGAUAUUGAUUUGACUACCCUUAGUUGUCCAAGUGUUGAGGAUGCCUGGGUAUCUGAUGUUCAUGCUGUUCUGAGGGAAGAAGAACAUAAUGAAGCUUCUCGGUUUGAAGUGAAGGAUAUCCAUUGCAUUGAUGCUGAGGUUAAGCGUGUGAAAUGCCAAAGCCAAGAGACCCAUACACAACAAUUACAAGAAAACCCAUUAUCAUUCAAUCACAACAGAUUCGGCCAUAUUGCAAAGCACCAAUUUUCAAACUCAAGCAAAACCAUCAAGCUUUACACUCAACAAGAAAACCCAUUAAUCAAGAAAAUUAAAAAAAAAAAAAAGUACAAUUUCCAUACACAGCAUCAUAGUUUUAGCAUAAAAAUCCAAAAAAAAAAAGGCAGAAUACAGAGAUAAACUAAAACUCUAUGAAGCACUUCAACAAACAUCUUCAAUGCCCACCCAAAAACCAGCUUUAAAAAUGCCAAUAAUAACAGUUAUUGCUAAUACCAGAAAUCCAAACAAGAAAACCCAUUCAUCAAGCUAAUCAAAACUGAAAAAAAAUGUUAUUCAUCAAACUAAUAAAAAAAGGAAACAAAAUGAGUGUCAAAGGGGUUUCAGUCUUGUCUAAAAGGCAAAAAAAAAAAUUUGAAAAAAAAAAAAAAGAGAAUGAAAAUAAAGAAUAAGACAGCUGGACCCGCGGCCACCAGUGGUUGUGACGCCGAUGAGAAGCACCGCCAACGACGAUAGGUGUGAGUGGAAGCAGAAGCUCGGCCACGGCUGGGCUUGAGAGAAGGAGAAAACAGAGAAACCCAGAUGAGAGAGAGAGAGAAAUAGUGAGACGAGGAGAAUG